AAAUUAAUGUGGUAGCCCUUCCCAAUAUAAAAAUAAAUUUAAUACUUUUAGUCCACCAAGCAUUUAAAUCCAAGUAUUGCGUUCCCAUCUAUCCCUUUCUGACGUAUUUAUUUACCUGAAAUUGAUAAGUAGCACGUCAAGACUCAUCUCUUUAUACUCGAAACUAUCCCUGAAGCAACCAAGCCCAUUUUGCUAAUACACGAUUCCAUUUCUCCUAUAUGCUGCUACUUCUUGCCAGAAUGCAUUCCUCGGCCUUUUCUUUUCUUUCAAAUUUUGUUCUUGUAUUGUUGCUCUUCAUUCAAGUCCCUUCAUCCUCAAGCAACGAUGACCCGCUCACUGCCUGUAGUCAAAAGUUUGUAUGCGGGGAUAUUUUCGUGGAUAUUCCAUUCUGGGGAACUGACAGAUCACGCGCCUGUGGCGUUCCUGAUUUGGAGCUCAGGUGUGAGAGUAAUAUCACCAAGAUGAAUAUCAAUCAGGUUGCAUAUCGUGUUUUAAAAAUCAAUCAGGCUGAUGGAAUUCUCAGGAUUGCAAGAGAGGACUACUUUGUUGGAUUGUGUACACCUCAUUUUAUGAACAGCACGUUCAAUCCUAAGGUUUUUGAGUCUGAUGAGGGUUACAAAAAUCUUACAUUCAUUUAUGGUUGCAAGGAUGAGACAACCAUACCUGGUAGAAUACCUUUCACUUGCAACAUAAAUGAGGUUAAUGAUCGACGUGCUUAUAUCCAAGAAGGAGAUACUGGUCCUGGCGAAUGCUAUCGUAGUGUCUUAGUGCCAGUUUCUACAGAUUUGCUACCAUUAUGGGAUACGCAAACUUUGGAUUGGCCACCAAUCGGGAAUAUGCGACCUUGGGAAGAACACUUGAAAAAAGGAUUCGAGGUAAGAUGGAAGGUUGAUGGGGAGGCGUGUUGGGAAUGCUCCACCUCUUCAGAAUCUUCUUGGAGUCGUGGGCAACUACAUAUUGCUGUAGGCAUAUCAGCAGCCACAGCUGCGAUAAUAACUUUUUCCAUAAUUACAAUAUGUCUCACUAGAAGAAAAGGUGCCGUCAUAGCAAAGAUCUUCAGGCCGAAGAAUUCGCAGCUUGUUGACAGUGUUGAAACAUUUAUGAUGGAAUAUCAUUCUCUUACUCCCAAGCGUUAUUCAUAUUCAGAUAUCAAGAAAAUGACCAGCUCAUUCGUCAAUAUACUAGGUCAGGGGGGAUUUGGUUAUGUAUACAGAGGAAAGUUACCAGACGGUCGUCUCGUGGCUGUAAAAGUCCUAAAAGAGUCUGAAGGUGAUGGAGAAGAGUUCAUGAAUGAAGUUGCAAGCAUCAGUAGAACUUCCCACGUGAAUGUAGUGACCCUUUUGGGUUUCUGCUAUGAGAGGAAUAAAAGAGCUUUGAUUUAUGAAUUCAUGCCCAAUGGAUCUUUAGAUAGCUUCAUAUCUAAUAAAGGAUCCCCACAUACAAACUGUCGUUUAGAAUGGAAAAAAUUAUAUGAAAUUGCAGUUGGUAUUGCUAGAGGUCUGGAGUACUUGCAUAGAGGGUGUAACACUCGGAUUGUGCAUUUUGACAUAAAGCCCCACAACAUUCUUCUUGAUGAAGAAUUUUGUCCAAAGAUCUCAGAUUUUGGUCUCGCGAAGCUAUGCCAAAGCAAAGUGAGUAAGAUCUCAAUGAUAGAUGCACGAGAGACUAUUGGUUACAUAGCACCUGAAGUAUUCUGCAGAUCUUUUGGAGGAGUAACUUACAAGUCUGAUGUGUAUAGUUAUGGAAUGAUGGUUCUUGAAAUGGUCGGACAAAGUAAAGACUUUGAUAUGGGAUCGUUGGAAACCAACGAGAUGUAUUUCCCGGAUUGGUUUUAUAUGUAUCUUGAACCAGGAAAGAUUUCAACACUUCAUAGAGGUACAACGGAAGAGGAAGAAGAGAUUGUUGAAAAGAUGAUCUUAGUGGGUUUGUGGUGCAUCCAAACCAUUCCAUCACGUAGACCGUCAAUGACAAAGGUGGUAGAGAUGUUUGAAGGCAGUCUUCAGUCUUUGCAAAUUCCACCGAGACCUUCCUUUUCUUCUCCUCCACGGUCCGCUCAAGAGCACUCUUCCACUGUAUCAUCACUGCUCGGCGUGUCAUCGCAGGGAGAUGAGCACCUCAAGUAUUGGAGCUCGCAGAAUAGCAUUUGUAAAGUAGAGCAUCUAGAAACAAUAGAGGAUAAUUGAGGUGGCACAUCCAGAGAGAUUAAUAGUGGCAGCGAAGAAAUAGAAGAACACCAGAGUUAAUAUAUUCAGCAGAAGCAGUACGCAACACUAGGUUUUUAUCGUUAUAAUAGCUUCAAAUCAGCAUCAUUUGCCUGAUGUUUCUCACUAUACAAAUUUAUUAUUCAUAUGGAGAAAAUAAUUCUUGUGACUAUAUGCAUAAAUAACAUAAGUUUUCUAUGUUUCCUUGUCAUUUGCUAAGAUGGCAAUGGAAAAGGACUGGUUUUUUUUUUUAUAUAUAUAUAUAUAUGGCUUCUUUUCAACUCAGAACAUGAUCAAAAUAACUAAAUAUAAGACUGUUUAUGCCAUUGACAUUACUACAUAGUAAUUGAGUAAAUUAUUUCCUAUAAUGUAACAUUUUCUUCUUUUUUCUUGCUUGAACAUUUAACCAAUAUGGACGAGGAAGUUGAGGAAUAUUUAGACAACAUUUUUUUUCGAACUAGACUCAAGGAAGAGUGUUUUCACAAAGCUAUGCAUUCUUGCUGAAUUUUCUUGUCUUGAUAGACAAGUAAAUCAUAGAUAAUUGAAUUUGGCAUGUUUCAAUGCAAAAGGAAAUCUGAAAGUAUACUAAAGAAAAUGCGAGUCUUGUGUCAUUCGCAUUAGAACUCCAGUGAAUGAACAGGAAACUUCUUGUUGCAGACUAAGUCAUAUUAGUGAGUCAAGAGUCAAGACAUCUGAUUAUCUCAUGUUUAUAAGAAAUAAAACCUGGUUAGCUCCAUCUGCUCUCUCAGGAUUCAAGAGUUCUAUACCUGCAGCCCCUUCCCUUCACCCGUAAUCUCCAGAAAUGCAUCCACAUCUCCUUCAAACCAUCUCUUUACCUCUCACAGUAAUUACCAUCAUCAUUAUUGCGAUUCCAAUUUCUCUAUGUGAACCUGAUGAGCGAUAUCUAGGCUGCAGCAAAUCAUUUGAGUGUGGAAACAUUCAGAAUAUAACCUAUCCUUUCUGGGGAGUGAAUCGUCCUCAGUACUGUGGCUAUCCAGGAUUUCAUCUUGAUUGCAGUGGUGACGCCCCAGUGAUUAAAAUAUCGGAAGUGGCCUACCAAGUCCUAGAGAUCAGUUAUGCUUCAAAUACUAAGAAUUUAAUGCUUUACUA